GGCUCUUCCUCAACCUCCGUCUCUUGAGCCCACUUUUUGUCUCUUUUCGACCCUUGAAGUCUUAAACGUGGAGCUCCUCCGAAUCUUCAUCCCAGUAAACACCAAAUCUACAUUACUGAAGAAGAUACCCAAUUAGCAGAUUGCCUUAAUCUCCAUCUCCGCUCAAUCCAAUUGUCACGUUCUUGAGAAAAAAUGAAGACCCUCUUCGUUUCUUGAUCAAACCCACCGUAUUUUUCCAUCCAAUUCGUCCUCCAAAGCGAGCCAAUCCCCAAGAAAACUCAAGAGGAUACCCGCAGAGGACGAAACAAGAGAACCCAAAUCUUGAUGGCGAAGUGCUUCAGCCUUACGGCGAUGAGGGACAGAUGGUUUCGCCUCUCCUUCUUCCUGGCGGGCCUGAAAUCGACCACCACUGACCUCGGCGGCGGCACGGUCAUGCACUGUUGGGUCCCCAAGACGUGCGAGCCCAGCAAGCCCAACUUGCUCCUCUUGCACGGCAUCGGAGCCAACGCAAUGUGGCAGUGGAACGAGUUCAUCUCGGCCUUCAUCGCCCGAUUCAACGUGUACGUGCCUGAUCUCUUGUUCUUCGGCGAUUCCCACACGACCCGGCCCGAGCGGACAGAGCAGUUUCAGGCUCAGUGCGUCGCAGGAGUCUUGGAAGCGCAGGGAGUGAGGAAACUGAGCGUGGUAGGAUUAAGUUACGGCGGGUUCGUCGCGUAUAGCUUGGCGGCGCAGUUCCCGGAGAUGGUGGAGAACUUGGUUCUGUGCUGUGCAGGGGUGUGUAUGGAGGAGAAGGACCUGGACGAGGGGAUGUUUCAGGUGAAGACCGUGGACGAGGCCGUGACUUUGCUGUUCCCGCAGACACCAGAGAAAGUGAAUGAGAUGUUCGAGUUCGUAUUUCACAAGCCCGUGGCGAAAGCGCCCGCUUUCUUAAUUCAGGAUUAUAUUGAUGUUAUGUGGAAGGAGCACCUUCAAGAAAGGAUAGGGCUGGUCAAUGCUUUGUACAAAGAUAGGAAGACAUCUAAUCUUCCCAAAAUAACUCAGCCAACACUGAUAAUCUGGGCGGAACAUGACAAAGUCUUUCCAAUGGAAUUGGGUCACAGAUUGAAGAGGCAUUUGGAUGAAAACGGGCAAUUGGUGGUUAUAAAGGAUUGUGGUCAUGCGAUAAAUAAAGAGAAGCCAAAAGAGAUGUACAAGCACAUCGAGGAGUUCCUUAUUGAUCCACUCCUUUAUCCUAAGAAGGCAAAUCAAAGCAGUGGCCAGAAGGUGGACUGAGAGUCGGCAAUAAAUUUAUAGUCGAAUCAGCCUUCUGCAGCAUGCUUGUCCAAAUUGUAUACCGUACAUGCAUAUUGAUAUAAUUCGAAGAA